CCAAGCGGCAGUAAAAUGGACGUAGAGGCGCUGCUGUACGGGAUUGAGAGCUAUCAAAUAAAUAAUGAUAAAAGAAGAGGAAUAAACUCAAACAAAGCUUUCAACAUUACAUUGAAAAUGCCGGUUUAUCAGGAAGUAGAACAAAUCCAAGCACAAACUAUCAUUGUUAUUCAUCCUGGCUCUAUGUAUCUACGUAUGGGUCGUGCUUCUGACCUAAAGCCUGUUACAUUAUUACAUGCAGUGGCAAGGAGACGUUUACCAAAUGGAAUAAAAUACAAGGAUAGUUUUUUGCCACCAGCUGUAAUAUUAACGAAGGAGUUAACGCAAGCAAUGGAAGAGUCUCGACUUCAGGUAUCACAUACUUUACAAUCCUGUUUACAAUCGGAUGGAAGUCGAAGGUAUGCAACUCCACCACAACAAAUAGCAGCUUUCAAUCGCCGAUCCAUACCAGAAAUCUCUUCUCCAUGUAACAUGAAAUGGACAAAAACUGAUCGUGACAUAGUUGUUGGUGAUGAUAUUUUGUCAUUAGAUCCAGAGGAAGAAUCCAAUUUUAAUAUCCAUUUUCCUUAUAAAAGAGGUGAACUUAACAUACAUAUGGGUCCAGGCGGCAGUUUAACGGCGGUUAUGGCAGAUUUAAAAACGAUCUGGGAAUAUGUGCUGACCAAAAAGCUGGAUAUUCCUUUGAGGGAUUUGAAACACUAUCGUGCAGUGCUUGUUGUACCUGAUAUCUAUCAUCGACCUUAUUUGAAAGAAAUGACUACAUUAUUAUUGGACGAAAUUGGUUUUGGUCGUUGCAUUCUAUUACAAGAUCAUGUAGGCGCGUUGUUUGGUGCGGGUUUGGGUUAUGCAUGUGUGGUAGAUGUUGGAGCGCAGAAGAUAUCAGUGUCAUGUGUGGAAGAUGCAAUUUCUCAUAAAGAUACACGAGUACGUAUGGAUUAUGGCGGUGCAGAUGUCACGCAGACAUUUUUCUGGCUUUUGCAAAAAUCCGCGUUUCCGUACAAAUUAUGCGAUCCCGUCAACAAAUUGGAUGCAUUGCUUUUGGAUCAAUUAAAGAUAGAUUUCUGUCACGUGGAUUUAAAUGUAUGUGGCUCACAAGAGAAAACAUUUGUUGUUAGAAAGCCAAAACAACAAACAGAGAGAUAUACUUUGCAGGUAGGCGAUGAAUGCUUAAUAGCACCUUUGAGCUUGUUUCAACCUGAGUUAUUUAGGAUUACUGGAACUCAUAAUGUUCAUGUUCAAAAACGAUCAUUAGGAGAUCCAGAAGAUCCUUAUGAUGAAAAUUAUUUAAGAGAAACAAGUAGACGUGGAAUGAAAGAAUCUUUAGAUCAUUCAUCAGAAAUGCAGGAGGAAACGGCGACUGUACCUACAACUGCGGGCGAAGACGAUGUCGUAGUCGACGCAGUCGGCGAUACUGCACCUAGUUUGUCUAAUCGCGAUUUAGAAGCUCCUCGAGAUUUUGUAGUCCCACAACAAUUAUUGGGUCUUGAUCAAGCCAUAUUACAAAGCAUUGAACGAUGUUCUAAUGAAGAUUUCAAAAGAAAAAUGUAUAGUUGCGUGCUAGUCGUCGGAUCGGGUUUGAAGUUUAAGGGUAUUGGCACAUGGCUUCGCAAUCGAAUAUCCCUUCAGACACCUUAUAUGUACAGGCCUGAACAACUAGAUAUUAUAACGCAGCCGAAGGAUAUGGAUCCUGGUAUGACGACCUGGAAAGGAGCAGGAAUUUUGAGCUGCUUGGAAUCAGCACAGGAGUUGUGGAUUGCUCGAACCGAAUGGCACCGCUGGGGAGUGAGAAUAUUAAGGGAAAGAUCUCCUUUUUUGUGGUAAAAAAUACUUGCUCUCUUAUUAAUAAUUAUAAUAUAAUAAUUUAUUAUAAUAUAUUAAUUAUAGUGUAAUAAUUAAUUAUAGUAUAUUAUAUUAUUAGAUAUAUUUUUUACAAGAAAAAUGAAAAAAGUGAAAACAAUCUAGAAAUUCUCUCAUUUAUUGAGAUUGAUGAUUAAAAAAUCUGAAACUUGUGUGAUUAAAAAAUCUGAAACUUAUUUCUGCUAUAAUAGAGGAAUAUUUUACUUUUUACAUCCAUUUUGUAAUAUUGAUUUCUAAAAUUAAGAAAAAUUAUAGAGAAAAUAUUAAAUUAAGAAUAUCAAGUUAAUUAUCAAGCAUUUAUCAAUAAAAUUUUAUGUUUGUUACAUAUUAAUUUCUCAUAAUUGGCAGUUACUUAUAUAUUCUAUAUCCACUAUUUUUCCUCACAACUUAUAAAUUUUGUGAAUAGAGUUUCCAUUUUUUUUGAUAGAAGCAUUUUAAUAUAUUCCAUUCUAAUGCUCUUCAGAAAAUGUGUCAAUGCACAUAAUAUUUAUUCAAAUAAUUAAUAUGUUGCAUUUUCGCGUCUCGAGUAUAUGUUACGCGAUUUAUACUUGGUUAUAUUUUCUGAUUAAGCAAUCUACAUAACAUCUCGAUUUGUAAGAAUAAAAACUAGAAAAGUGAAGUUGAAUGACAUUUGUGUUCUUAUCGUGUAUAUUUUAUAAAUUCACCAAUGAUAAACUUCAUAGGUGAUUUUACGAAUAUAAUAUCUCUGCUCACAAUUGUUAUAUCACUUAUUAAUUGUUAUUAUAUUUAUCACACACACGCGCGCGCGCGCGCGCACGCAUACGUACGUACGUACGUAUGUAUGUAUGUAUGUAUGUAUGUACACAGAAUGUAGCUAAACAAAUGCAUAUGGACAAUAUUAUCAGAUACAAAAUAAUCCAAAUCGAAAAAUCCUGAAUCAUUUUUUGAUCUGACAAUGAGCUUUCUUUUCAUUGUUAUACGAUGUUAAAAUUAACUAAUCAGUGUCUGUCUACAACAGAAAACAAAGAAGAUACAAUGGAAAUUGGAGCUGACUUUCUGCUGUAGACAGGCACAUUGUUGUUCUGUAUCUGAUAGUAUUUCAUAUGUGUUUGUUUAAUUACACUAUAUAUAUAUAUAUAUAUAUACAUAUUUGUAUUACACAUAAAUGAUGUCAUAAUAUAUUAUAUAUAAAAUAGUAUACAGUAUUAAUUAAAUUUAUUUUUAUAUAUAUUUACAAUUUAAGAUUUCUUAUGUACUUGUCAUCUGGUGUAUUGUGUGUAAACAUAUUACAGAUAAGAUAAACAAUUUAUUACAGAUAAGAUAAACAAUUUAAAAUUGCAAUUAAAAUAUGAAUAUAAAAUAAAUUAUUAUAGCAGAAAAAUACAUUUUUUAAAACAAAUUAUCAGCUGCAUCAGCAAUAAAACAAUUUGUAAUAUAAUAUACAAUUAAUAUUUAUUAGAUGUAUUAUAAUAAUUCGGUCAUUCUAAUUUUAGUUUUGUCAUUAUAGUGAUAUUGUACUAUAUUAUUUUCUAUUAAAAAAUUUAUAUAAAACGAAA